GGACGCCAAGCGGUUGGCGUCUAUGGCUACCCUGCUGGCCCGGGCUGGAGUCUCUUGCUGUGAGUUAGCUGAGGAGGACUUCCUGGCGGUCUCACCUUCAGAUGAGCGUUAUCGUCAGGUCCAGUACAUCUUGCUGGAUCCUUCUUGCAGUGGUUCUGGUAUGCUGACCAGACAGUUGGAAGAGCCUGGAGCAGGUACACCUAGCAAGGAACGCUUACAUGCCCUGGCAGGGUUCCAGCAGCGAGCUCUAUGCCACGCACUCACUUUCCCCUCCCUCCAGCGCCUUGUCUACUCUACGUGUUCCCUUUGCCAAGAGGAAAAUGAAGAUGUGGUGCGGGAGGCCCUACAGCAGAGCCCAGGCACCUUCAGGCUAGCUCCCGCUCUGCCCUCCUGGCCCCACCGAGGCCUUAGCACUUUCCCAGGUGCCGAACACUGCCUCCGGGCCUCCCCUGAGACCACACUUACUGGAGGCUUCUUUGUUGCUGUCAUUGAGCGGGUGGAGGUGCCAAGUUCAGCCCCACAGGCCGGAGCACUGGCACCAGAACCUACACCCAGCCCAGCCCGAAAGAAAAAGAAGAGACGGCGAACAGCAGCAGCUGGUCCUAGCCUACAGUCUUGCACAUAGCUGUGCUCAAGGCUCCUACUUCUUCCUGGAGUUCUCUCCUUGGCUAGACCACUUGGCCCCUCACACCUGGGGGGCAAUUUGGGUUUGGGGGGCAAUUUGGGUUUUCAGGUAGCUUUUAUUGCUAGAAAGUUAACUGGUAACCCAGUUUCUCCAGCUAGAAAGAGCAGAUUUCCCAGUCCCUGGGUUCAUUCCCUGGGCUGUUUUCUUGCUGAUGAAUGAAGUGCUGCCCACCAAAAUAAAAGG